GCUUACUUUUGAUCACCAGAGGGCGCUGUGGCAAAAAUGAAUGCACUGUACUCAAACGUCUAUGGUAGUACACCAGGUCAAAGGUUACCAGCGACAGUUUUUUUUGUUGCAACAACUAACGCAGUAUCCAGAUGUUUCAAUCCUGAACCAAGCAUAGAACAAUGGAUUGAUACAAAAAUCGGAUUUCCCUCUAUGGCGAAAAUGAAUGGGCACCUGAGACAGUAACGACCGAAAUUUAAUGCAUGAGGGAUCCAGUGGACGCUUGGCCCAAACAAGAUGAGGAGACUAGUGUCCCGGAAGAAGGCUCUAACCCUGGUGAAGGAGCUGGAUGCAUUCCCCAAGGUUCCAGAGAGCUAUGUGGAAACCACAGCCAGUGGGGGAACAGUGUCCCUGAUAGCCUUCACAGCCAUGGCUCUGCUGGCUUUCCUUGAGUUCUUUGUGUAUCGAGACACGUGGAUGCAGUAUGAGUAUGAAGUUGAUAAAGACUUCUCCAGUAAAUUAAGAAUAAACAUAGACAUCACAGUUGCCAUGAGGUGUCAAUUUGUAGGUGCAGAUGUCCUAGACUUGGCAGAGACCAUGGUAGCUUCAGAUGGCCUACAUUAUGAGCCAGUCACCUUUGACCUCUCUCCUCAGCAAAGGCUGUGGCACAGAACUCUGCUGAUGAUCCAGGACCGCCUAAGAGAGGAACACUCGCUACAGGAUGUGAUCUUCAAGACCGUCCUGAAAGGAUCCCCCACCGCCCUUCCUCCCAGAGAGGACAGCCCCUCCCAGUCGCCUGCGGCCUGCAGGAUACACGGCCAUCUUUAUGUCAACAAGGUGGCUGGCAACUUCCACAUCACUGUGGGCAAGGCUAUCCCACAUCCUAGAGGCCACGCCCAUCUAGCGGCCCUCGUCAGCCACGAUACGUACAACUUCUCCCAUCGCAUCGACCACCUGUCGUUCGGAGAGGAGAUCCCAGGGAUCAUCAACCCUCUGGACGGGACAGAGAAAGUCUGCACUGACCAUAAUCAGAUGUUUCAGUACUUCAUCACCAUAGUGCCCACCAAACUGAACACCUACCAGAUCUCAGCAGACACAAACCAGUACUCUGUCACCGAAAGGGAGCGGGUGAUCAACCACGCGGUGGGCAGCCACGGAGUAUCUGGGAUCUUUAUGAAGUAUGACAUCAGCUCGUUGAUGGUGAAAGUCACCGAGCAGCACAUGCCCCUGUGGAGGUUCCUUGUCAGGCUUUGUGGCAUCAUCGGAGGCAUUUUCUCCACCACAGGUAUGAUCCAUGGAAUGGUGGGCUUCUUGGUGGACGUCAUCUGCUGUCGCCUCCAACUAGGAGUCUACAAACCCCGGGAGAUGGGCCUGCUGGACGACCAUGUAAAAAACGAAGCCCCUGCCCCACCCCUGGAAGCUACAGAAAACCACACCCACUGACAGGACUCCCUAGGGCAGGGAUCAUCAACUAGAUCAGGGCUCUCCAACCCUGUUCCUUGAGAGCUAUCCAUCUGUAGGUUUUCGCUCCAACCCCAGUUAACUGAUCUGGUAAUAACUCAUUAUUAAGAAUCCGGUGCGCUAGAUUAAGGUUGGGGCAAAAAUCUACAGGAAGGUUUUUCUUUUUCUUGAGCGGAUGGUCAGGGGGCGGGAACAUAAUUGUAAAUUGACCUGAAUAAUAAUCAUUUUAAACCUCGCUUACGAUCACAUAUCUCUCUAUAAUGCGUGGGAAUACUUUGGAACUUAUUUUUUUCAAAAUUAAAAUGACUUGAAGCUGAUUUUCUGGUGUUUUUACAGUCAUUUUGUCCAACAAAAUAUUGGGGGAGGGGGACAAAUAAAAUCCCUCGUGUGAAUUGGAUCCCAAUUCAUGGUUGCCAAGAAAGCCAGGCUUCCCCCACCAAAAAAAAACAAUAAAAAAAUUAAUAAA